AUGGCGGUCACGGAGGCGUCGCCCGGCUCCGGGUGGGCCCGUUUUCGCGAGGGGGAAGCUGGCACCGCCCUCUGCGAGGCUCAGCAGCAGCCAACUGCAGCAGCAACUCCAGCAGCUGCGGUUUUUGCUAGAGCCGGGAAGAAAUUUAAGGAUGCUUCGAUUUCCACCGUGGAACGAAUUCUGAGAGCUCGGGGAGCUGCGCAGCGCGCCACCGCCACCCACCUGUCCGGCUCGGGAGCCCCGCAGGCUGGAGCCCGGCGGCUGGAGAGCCGCGGCGCCCGGCGGCGAGGCGGGCGCUGCCGGCCGGGACUCGGGCAGCGCCCACCAACCACUCCGCCCCGGGACCGCCAGCAUGAGCAAGCCGGCCGGAUCAACAAGUGGAGCCUGGAGGCGGCCUCGGAAGGCUCCAGCGCCCGGCACAGGUCCUGCCGCCACGGCUGGGCUUGCUGGGGCGCACUGGACAGCCGCGCCGGCUGCGGUGCGCUCUGCAGACCUGUGGCGGCAACGGGGCCGGAAUCGCGGCCCCGGGAGGCUAGCAGCUUGGCGCGCCCCGUGCUGGGCCGCAUUUUAGACAUCCCCUGCAAAGUGUGCGGCGACCGCAGUUCGGGCAAGCACUACGGCGUCUACGCCUGCGACGGCUGCUCGGGGUUUUUCAAAAGGAGUAUCCGAAGGAACAGGACGUAUGUCUGCAAAUCUGGAAAUCAGGGAGGCUGCCCAGUGGACAAGACGCACAGAAACCAGUGCAGGGCGUGUCGCCUGAAGAAGUGUUUGGAAGUCAACAUGAACAAAGAUGCCGUGCAGCACGAGCGCGGGCCCCGGACAUCCACCAUCCGCAAGCAGGUGGCCCUCUACUUUCGCGGGCACAAAGAGGAGAACGGGGCGGCCGCGCACUUCCCCUCGGCCGCGCUGCCGGCGCCCGCCUUCUUCACCGCCGUCACCCAGCUCGAGCCGCACGGCCUGGAGCUGGCCGCGGUGGCCGCCACGCCGGAGCGACAAACCCUCGUGAGCCUGGCUCAGCCCACGCCCAAGUACCCCCAUGAAGUGAAUGGAACCCCGAUGUAUCUUUACGAAGUGGCCACCGAGUCUGUGUGCGAGUCGGCGGCCCGGCUGCUCUUCAUGAGCAUCAAGUGGGCCAAGAGCGUGCCCGCUUUCUCCACGUUGUCUCUGCAAGACCAGCUGAUGCUUUUGGAAGAUGCUUGGAGAGAACUGUUUGUUCUAGGAAUAGCACAAUGGGCCAUCCCGGUGGAUGCUAACACUCUACUGGCUGUAUCUGGCAUGAAUGGUGACAAUACAGAUUCCCAGAAGCUGAACAAGAUCAUAUCUGAAAUACAGGCUCUGCAAGAGGUGGUGGCUCGGUUUAGACAACUCCGGCUAGACGCUACUGAAUUUGCCUGUCUGAAAUGCAUCGUCACUUUCAAGGCUGUUCCCACACACAGCGGCUCUGAACUGAGAAGUUUCCGGAAUGCUGCUGCCAUUGCAGCUCUUCAAGACGAGGCUCAGCUAACUCUCAACAGCUACAUCCAUACCAGGUACCCCACUCAACCCUGUCGCUUUGGAAAACUACUGCUGCUCUUGCCGGCUCUACGUUCCAUUAGCCCAUCAACCAUAGAAGAGGUGUUUUUCAAAAAAACCAUCGGCAACGUGCCGAUUACAAGACUGCUUUCAGACAUGUACAAGUCCAGUGAUAUCUAA